AUGUCAGCGCCGCAUGGAUGUUUGUUGGAUGCACAGUCCGAAGGCCCUGUCCCGCGGUGCAACACCACAAUUGAGCAGACGUUAAACCAGGGCCAUCUGCGCCAAGCCAGUGCCCCAAGAAAGACCAAGAUUCCAAGACCUGCCAUUCGGUAUGGCGAAUCAUACAAGCAGACCUGGGGGGGUUUUUUUGGUAUUCUCUAUGCUGAUUCCUUUAUUCUUUUUUUUUUUUUUUCUUGA